AUGGACGGGGCUGGGAGACAGCAGGUGCACGUCCUACUUCCCGUCUGCCUCGCCCUGGCCUUCUCCCUCGCCGCCCUGGGCAGCAGCCACUGGUGCGAGGGGACCCGCAGGGUGGCAAAGCCUCUGUGCCAGGACCAUCCGGGAGGGCUAGGAUGCAUUCAUCUCAACAGGGGCCACGGCGGUGGCAGGAGGGACGACGAGAGCCAGGCCGUCCGGUACAUUUGGGAGACGGGAGACGACAGGUUCAUCCAGAGCCGGUUCCACGUGGGGCUCUGGCAGUCCUGUGAGGAAAACCUCGGCAGCGCAGGUGAAAAGUGUAGAAGUUUCCAGAGUAUAAUACCAGCUGAAGAACACGGACUUUUGUGGCUGUCCAUUGGGGCCGAGAUCCUGAACAUCCUUCUGGUGUUGACGAGUGCCGUCCUCCUGGGCUCCGGAGUGAGUUCUCAGAGCGCUGGUUUCCGCUGGCUCAAGGUGGACGCCUCUGUAGCCAUCCUCAUGGUGCUCGCAGGGCUCCUCGGGAUGGUGGCCCACAUGAUGUACACAACCAUCUUUCAAAUCGCUGUGAACCUUGGUCCCGAAGACUGGAAGCCUCAGACGUGGGACUACGGCUGGUCAUACUGCCUCGCGUGGGGUUCUUUCGCGCUCUGCAUGGCUGUGUCGGUCAUGGCCGUGAACAGAUACACGGCAGCCCGCCUGGAGUUCAUAGAGAAGCAGAGGGUAUGGAAAGGCAGUAAGCACUCUCAACACAAAUUCCUGGAACCCAAGGCUUCGGAAAGUGUUCGGGAAAUGGAAGCUGCUCCCAGCCCUGCCGGGCAUGCCCUUGUGAGUGCAUCUGAGCACCUGCCACCAAAUGCCCCAGGGAAGGUGUCCAUGUGCUAG